AUGUCCUUGCUCGAGGGAAUCAACGUCACGUCUGACCUGCGCUUUGCAGCCGAAUCCGUGAUUGCUCUUCUGAAAAAACACAAACAAGUGUCACCUCAAGCUUUGGACCUCUCGGACACUCUACCGACCCUCUACCAUUCACUGAGUCUUGUUUAUAUGAGAAAUGUAGUCAUCUCCGACCCCGAGAUCGAUUCCGAUUCGAGAUUCAUCAGGGCUGUUUUCUACUUCAAGUCUUGGAUUGCUGUUAAGCACAAUACAGGCGUCAAAUGGCUUCGGCGCGUGGACUGUAUUUGGAAACCUCACAGCAACCAUACUGGAAAGGUUGAUUUGAGUGGACAAUAUGACAAACUGUACAACUUCUUCUUCGAUAUCGUCGCUGUGGAAAGGUUCCCGAGAAAGGUCCUCGAAGUCAGCCCGAUUCCUCCCGACCCUAAAGUGUUACGCGACCAACGUGCGGAUCUGAUCGAUGUUGACGGGACGAUCAUGGCCAACCUACAAGAAGAUCCCCACAAGUCUUUGACCUUACCUUACUUUCCAGUAUACACUACAGCAAGCAGCGUUGAGUUGAUGCCCGCGGACGAUGUUUUCUUUAUUGCUGAUGACCUGCUGCUUGGGACCAUGUUUCGGGAUCAAGUUCCCAUGCUUGUUCUUGAUCGCAUGAAACGAUUCAAGACAGAGUUUGAAUGGCUGCAAAUUACCUACAAAUAUAUAUCCAACAAUGUUAUCGAAAGGCUUGUCUGGCCCACUGGGGCAAAGCAAACGAAGUUGCAUUGGGAUAUCGCCGAGAAAGCAGAGGCUAUUGUCAGUAUUGCCGCCCAAUACAAGAGUCCCCGUGCCGGAGACACCUUGGCAAGGCGAAAGCUGCUCAUUACUUUGAAGGAGGGCGAAAUGUUCGCUGUCGAAGGGGCAGAGCUCAUGGCCGGACUGUCCACGACGGUACCCGGAAGUUACUCCAUGGGCCCUUGCUUUAACAAUGAACAGGGCUUCGUGGCUCCAAGCACGAGGCUCCCUGUAUCAGUCAGCACUACUGACUCUGGAAUGACGUUGGAUAAGCUCAUUGUUCACAUCUCGGCUGAUAAAGAGGAGCAACGUCGAGCAUAUGGUGGUGGGCUCCCAAGACGUCUAUUGCAUUGGCUCAUGGUAAACCCGACGACCAUGAAGCUGAACAAGAAGCUCAGUGGACGAGCUGAGAGCAUCUUGAGGAUCGUCCUGUACGCUCCGCCUCAUCUGGUCGAUGUCAUCCUCGUGGGGAAGAAGAUUAAGGUUGCAAGGGACAUGGACCUUCCAACUGGGUUAAUGGAGCAAGACUCAACACCAGCAGAUUCAUCCUUGGACCAGCACCAGCAACAAUGCUCUUCCGACGCUACGACGGCCGUGCUAAAGACAGGAACCAUAGAGACGCCAGUGACACAACCCACCAGCAGUGAGCAACUCCAGAUGGAAUCCAAGCCCAGCACAACAACACCGCAGCGGCGGUUCCUUGUGCCCAAGUCACGAAGAAGGUCUAAGCCUCACUCCCCGGAGCAGGCUGCGCCUGUUUCUUCUACCCUGGAUGAUACAUCCACCGUGGAUGCAUUGGCCCGUCGCCUUGAGCUUCUUAGAAUCUCAGAUACUGGACCGGGAGCUUCGAAGCUAUGUAGUGGCCCCAGCUCACGGGAGAUAAGCCGAGGUUGUCGUUUUCGGCCGUUUUCUGAUUCGCAGUCGGCUCUAUCUACUUCGUUCGUUUUCCUAGGUGCUGGAGUGAAGAUAUUUGUUUGA